AUCACAUAAUCUCGCAGCUUGAUCCCAUUACAUCGUCCUCAUCAACGCACAAAAUGGUCCGCCUUCUCACUAUCGUCACCGUGCUCUUUGCUGGCGUAAGCAGCGUUGCUGCUUCAUACUGCCAGUGCCUCUAUACAGACGGCAGUCACUGCUGCGUUAUUGACAAUUUAGUCAAUGAUUGCACGAGGAUGUGCACUAAGGCGUCUAAGGACUCUACGACUGCCAACCAGUGCAACGCCGGCGGGAAAUGGUCCAAAGUCAGCUCGUGGAACGCCAACUUCCGCAAGAAGUGUGGACAACCAUACAUCUACUAGAUUCUGUAAUAUAAUCGCACCAUCCGCAAAGCUCCUGCGAAGGCAUUCUCUAAGUCCAAUUCCAUGGGAAGAAGCCGUGCAGUAGACCUUUCGAGAUCAUCAGCCGGGAUGUCGAUAAUUGGUUCAAUCAGGCGAAAGAACGCGAUGUGAUAUUAUGGAAUAGCUUGUAGUUGGUUGGUUAAGCAUCAGGGGCCUGUUGAGAGCACAUCAAUGGCCCGUCGCAGGCUUUGCGAUUCAUAUCAUUAUCUUGUCUUUUAGAGGCUCUUUUGAUAAGUAAUGCUUGAUGGGUUAUAAGAUUAUGUACGCGGCCUUACGUUCUGUUAAUACAGAUCAACUUGUGAAUAACACUGAUGAUGCCUUAAGCAUGCGCGUCCGCAAAGUGCUCUGAGAUGCACCAGCACUUCCAAGUGCCACAUCAUCCGCGCGCUUUACAGAGUGUCCAUGAUAAUGUAUUCGAAUACGCUGG